GUGAUUGCUUCACACACACACACACACACCCCGAGCCUCAGCAUCCCCUCCGUGACGACAAAGAGGUGAUGCUCGCUGCGUGACCGUGUCUCCUCCCGGUGCUGCUCGGUGAGACGGGAUCCACGGACAGGCGGACGGGGUUCGGUUCCGUCCCGGAGGAUGCGCAGCGCGCACGUCGGCAGCAGCAGCAACAGCAGCAGCAGGUCGCGCUGAUCGAGGUUCGGUACCGUCAAGACGGAGCAGCAGAACGGAACCAUGAGCUGCAACUGGGGCACCGAGCUGUGGGAUCAAUUUGAUAAUCUGGAAAAACAUACGGGCUGGGGGAUCGACUUCCUGGAGAGAUACACCAAGUUUGUGAAAGAGCGAGCUGACAUCGAGCUGAGCUACGCCAAGCAGAUCAGGAGCCUGUCUAAGAAGUACCACCCAAAGCGAAGCAGAGAGGAUGAGAGCAGGUACACCUGGUGUUUGGCGUUUGCAGCAACUCUGCAGCAGCUGAAUGAAAUGGCAGCUCACAGAGAAGACUUGGCGGACAGCCUUCACACACAGAUCGUCUGUGAACUGGUGAGGUACACCCAGGAGCUGAAGGCCGAGAGGAAAACGCAUUUCCAAGAUGGCCGCCGUGCUCAGCAGCACAUAGAAAGCUCUUGGAAGCAGCUGGAAUCUAGCAAGCGCCGAUUCGAGCGCGACUGCAAGGAGGCGGAGCGGGCUCAACACAUCUCAGACAGGAUUGACCUGGACAACAAGGCGGAUGGAGAAAAGCGCUGCUCUCUGAAGGCUCGUCAGACGGCUCAGCAGAAACAACAAGCUGCUGAGGAUUCUAGGAAAGAAUACGUGACUAGUUUAAAUCAGUUCAACCAGGACCAGCACCAGCACUACCGCACUCUGGUACCAGUGAUAUAUCAGCGCAUUCAGGACAUGGAGGAGCGGCGGAUUGAACGAAUUGCUGAAGCGAUGCGUCUUUCAGCUGAAUCGGAGAGAAAGGUUCUUCCUGUGGCGAGUCGCUGCCUGGAUGCCAUGAUGGACGCCGCUGAAAGCAUCCAGCCCAGGAAAGACACCGGUCAUGUGGUGGAAGUGUACAAGUCUGGCUUCGACCCUCCAGGCGACGUUGAGUUUGAAGAUUACAGCGCUACCAUGAGGAGGAGCAUCUCUGAAUCCAGCUACCUUGACAACAGGGCUGAGGGGCGGAGACACAGCAGGAAGCUGUGGCCGUUCCUCCGGAAAAACAAGCUGCUGCAUCUCCUCUCAUCCCCAAGACAGCCCCCUCCUCCACCACCAACAUCACCUUCACCUGGAGAAGUGGUCAACAGCUCCCAGUCUCCGCCCACCGGCUCCAGAGAACCAAUCACGCAGCGGCUCAGUGAUCUCAUGAGCUCUGGCUCCAGAACCAGGAAGCAGUGUCUCCGAAGCCUGAAGAGAGGGCUGUCCCUUAAACUGGGAUCUAGUCUAGCAGACUGCAGCCACCUUCCUCCUGAGCAGAGGCGCAAGAAACUUCUGGGCCGGAUAAACAACAUCAACCAGGAGAUCCAGAGAGAGCGAGAGCAAAGAGAUGCUCUGCUCAAGAUGAGGGAUGUUUAUGAACGAAGUCCACAGAUGGGCGAUGCCAGAAGUUUGGACCCUCGAUUGGAGGAAGUGAAGCUCAACCUGCAGAGACUUGAAGAGGAACUGAGGAGAAACCAGGUGUGGCUUUCAGAGGCGGAUGGUGGUCUGUCUGAUCACAGCAGCAGGAGACAGAGCGGAGGUUGUGGGUUAAACUCCCAGGCAACAACACCAGGCAGCAGCAGCUUGAAGCAGCUGAAUAACCGCAGCCCAGCCAGCAGAGAGAGUCCCGAUGGCAGCUACACUGAGGACCAAGGAGCAGAACUUCACUUCAAGUCCCGCAGCUCAGAGUUUGAUGAUGACUUUGAUGACGAAGAACCGUUACCGAGUAUAGGCACCUGCAAGUCUCUGUACCCAUUCCAAGGUCAGAACGAAGGAACUCUGUCGAUGGUGGAGGGAGAGCUCCUGUCGGUGGUGGAGGAGGAUAAAGGUGAUGGUUGGACCAGAGUUCGCAGGAACCUGGAGGAGGAGGGAUAUGUUCCCACGUCCUACAUCAAAGUCUUCCUGGACAACAGCGCUAAAGGCUUUGUGCAGAGCAGUCGACUUGUGUAGCGCAUCUGUUAGCUUAUCAGGACAUCUUGCAACAGGAAGUGAUGAAAAAGUCUGGUGUCGUCUUCUGAUUGGACCGGAUGUCUCCAGAUAUUUCACCCAAUGCGUUGGCAGAUGGUUUUUGAUGAACAGAAACCUCCAGAGUGAAAAAAGGAAUCAGAGAUUGAUCAGCCCUUCAGGACUUAUUUUCACUGAUGAAAUGUAGAUAGAGUUGAUCUUGAUGUCCAGAAAAAAACUAUUACUGGUUCAACAUAAAAUGCCCUGGAGUUAGUUCCAGAAGUUGGACCCAACAUCAUCAGGUAAGAAACUGACACUAAUCGCUAGAAACCUGUCAAAUCAAUCUGAUUUGCUUCUGACCGGAAACGUAAGAAUAGAAACAAAAAGGAACUGAAGCAAAAUGUCGCAGGCUGUGAUGCCGCUGCGCAUUGACUUUUCAACUAAACCCUUUCAGCUUCUACUGUACAUAUGAACCCUACCGACACGGUGUUGCCCUGCGCCUGCAGGUAUUUGCCACGCCCACAACGGGGGCGCCCAUUUAGGACCUUAAUUGAUUAUUAAUGAAUAUAUUAAAUGUGUGAAAUGUGAACGUUUUGAUAUAAAGGAGCAACAAGUAAGAAAUUUACUGUAAAUUCAACCUAAAUAAUUCUCAUUCGUCAUGAAGGACGGAAGUAUCAUUCCCUAGAAACAAUCGGUCCUCUCCAUCAACGAUGUCUUAGUCACAUUUUUCCGCCUUUCAAACCUAGAGGUUCUGUCCAGAACGACUUCGGUUCUGAGUGUAACUCAUGUUUACUUCCUGGUUCCUGAGCCAAUCAUAUGAGAGUUCCCAGGGUUCCCAGCACAGAGCGCAGACAUGGACGCCAGUAAGAGAAGCGGACCAGAACCAGAACAGAACACACCAUAGACCCGUUCAGGAAACGGCGUAAUAGGCUGUCGUGUUGUUCUGAUUUGAAACACUAGGAGUCAUUGUUACUUAUUGCUCCUUUAAUAAUUAGCCCACUGACAAGUUAUUUAUUAACAGAUUGUUUUUAGGAGUUUUAAGAGCACGCCAUUUUUAACUUACUGUAUGUAAAAGUUUCAAAAUAAAGUCCACACUGAGUUGA